GGCCAGCGGGCGCCGCUCGGCGCGGGGCUCUCCUGGCGAGGGGCGCGGCGAGAGCGGCGGUCGAGGUGCGCUCCGCCCGCCGCCGCCGCGGGCCGGGGCAGCACCGGCCUCUUUCAGAAACUUCUCCGCAAGUCGGCAUGGGCAGGGGGGCCGGCGCCGCCGCCUCGCUGCGGCUGCUGGCGGCGCUCGCCCUGCUGGCCGGCCGCUCCCCCGCCCUGCUCGGGGCGGCCCGGGCCCAGCUCUCGGCAGGAGGAUGCACGUUCGAUGAUGGUCCUGGGCCCUGUGACUACCACCAAGACCUGUACGAUGAUUUCGACUGGGUGCAUGUCAGUGCUCAAGAGCCUCACUAUUUGCCCCCUGAAAUGCCUCAAGGAUCAUAUAUGAUAGUGAUUUCAUCAGACCAUGACCCGGGAGAAAAGACUCGACUUCAGCUUCCAACAAUGAAAGAAAAUGAUACUCACUGCAUCGAUUUCAGCUACCUUCUGUACAGCAAGAAUGGAGGAAACCCAGGCACUUUGAACAUCCUGGUUAGGGUGAACAAAGGACCACUGGCUAAUCCCAUCUGGAAUGUCACUGGCUCCACUGGCAAAGACUGGCUGCGAGCAGAGUUGGCUGUCAGCACUUUCUGGCCCAAUGAGUAUCAGGUAAUAUUUGAAGCUGAAGUCUCAGAUGGAAGAAAUGGCUACAUUGCCAUUGAUGACAUCCAGGUCUUGAGUUACCCUUGCGAUAAAUCUCCACAUUUUUUGAGGCUGGGGGAUGUAGAGGUCAAUGCAGGGCAGAAUGCUACAUUUCAGUGCAUUGCUACAGGGAGAGAUGCAGUGAAUAACAAGUUAUGGCUCCAGAGAAGAAAUGGGGAAGAUAUUCCAGUUGCUCAGACUAAAAAUAUCAAUCACAGAAGAUUUGCAGCUACCUUUAAGUUGCAAGAGGUGACAAAAACCGACCAGGAUUUAUACCGCUGUGUAACUCAGUCAGAGAGAGGCUCUGGAGUCUCAAACUUUGCUCAACUUAUUGUUCGAGAGCCGCCUCGGCCAAUAGCACCCCCGCAGCUGCUGGGCGUUGGGCCCACCUACUUGCUCAUCCAGCUGAAUGCCAACUCCAUCAUUGGGGAUGGCCCCAUUAUCCUGAAAGAAGUGGAGUACAGGAUGACAUCUGGGACUUGGACCGAGACCCACGCUGUCAAUGCACCAACGUACAAGCUGUGGCACCUGGACCCUGACACUGAAUACGAGAUUCGGGUCCUGCUUACCCGCCCGGGGGAAGGUGGCACGGGGCAGCCAGGACCACCACUCAUCACCAGGACCAAGUGUGCUGAACCGAUGAGAACACCCAAAACACUGAAGAUUGCUGAGAUCCAGGCCAGACACAUCGCUGUGGACUGGGAAUCUCUGGGGUACAACAUCACUCGUUGCCACACUUUCAAUGUCACUAUAUGCUACCACUACUUCUGUGGACACAACGAGAGCAAAGCAGACUGCUUGGACAUGGACCCCAAAGCACCUCAGCAUGUUGUGGAUCGUCUGCCUCCCUACACAAAUGUCAGCCUCAAGAUGAUCUUAACCAACCCAGAAGGGAGGAAGGAAAGCGAGGAGACCAUUAUCCAGACAGAUGAAGAUGUGCCAGGCCCUAUACCUGCCAAAUCAGUGAAAGGAACUCCUUUUGAAGAUAAGAUCUUCCUCAACUGGAAGGAACCUGUGGAUCCAAAUGGCAUCAUUACUCAGUAUGAGGUGAGCUAUAGCAGUAUACAGUCAUUUGACCCCGCAGUUCCAGUGGCAGGACCUCCACAGACAGUAUCCAAGCUGUGGAACAGCACACACCACGUCUUCUCUCACCUGCACCCCGGUACUACCUACCAGUUCUUCAUACGUGCAAGCACUGUCAAAGGGUUUGGACCAGCAACUACCAUCAAUGUAACAACCAAUAUCUCAGCUCCCACUUUACCAGACUAUGAAGGAGUGGAUGCAUCUCUCAAUGAAACUGCUACUACAAUAACUGUACUCUUGAGACCUGCACAGGCCAAAGGUGCACCUAUCAGUGCCUACCAGAUUGUUGUUGAAGAGCUGCACCCACACCGAACAAAGCGAGAAACUGGUGCCAUGGAGUGCUACCAAAUCCCUGUCACCUAUCAGACUGCCCUUAGUGGAGGCUCACCAUACUACUUUGCUGCUCAGCUGCCCCCAGGAAACCUGCCAGAGCCAGCCCCCUUUACUGUGGGUGACAACAGGACGUACCAAGGUUUCUGGAACCCGCCGCUGGCUCCUCGGAAAGGCUACAACAUCUACUUCCAGGCCAUGAGCAGCGUGGAGAAGGAAACCAAAACUCAGUGUGUUAGAAUAGCUACAAAAGCAGCAGCAACAGAAGAACCUGAAGUGAUUCCAGAUCCUGCUAAACAAACAGAUCGAGUGGUGAAAAUAGCAGGAAUAAGUGCUGGAAUUCUGGUAUUCAUCCUACUUCUCCUUGUUGUCAUAUUGAUCGUGAAAAAAAGGAGGAGCUACUAUUCUUACUCCUACUAUCUCAAACUUGCAAAGAAGCGCAAGGAUGCCAUGGGAACCACCCGUCAGGAGAUGACGCACAUGGUGAAUGCCAUGGACAGGAGUUAUGCCGACCAGAGCACUCUGCAUGCAGAGGAUCCCCUGUCAAUCACAUUUAUGGACUCACAUAACUUCAGCCCCAGAUUGCCCAAUGAUCCACUUGUGCCGACAGCUGUGUUAGUGCCUAUUACUGAUGAAAACCACAGUGCAACAGCCGAGUCCAGCCGACUCCUGGAUGUCCCUCGUUACCUCUGCGAAGGCACAGAAUCCCCGUACCAGACUGGGCAGCUGCACCCUGCCAUCAGGGUGGCUGAUCUCCUGCAGCAUAUUAACCUAAUGAAGACCUCUGACAGCUAUGGAUUUAAAGAGGAGUAUGAGAGUUUCUUUGAGGGGCAGUCAGCUUCUUGGGAUGUCGCUAAGAAGGAUCAAAACAGAACAAAGAACCGCUAUGGAAACAUUAUAGCAUAUGACCACUCCAGGGUGAUUUUGCAACCUGUUGAAGAUGAUCCAUCUUCAGAUUACAUUAAUGCCAACUACAUAGAUAUUUGGCUGUACAGGGAUGGAUAUCAGAGACCAAGUCACUACAUUGCAACCCAAGGUCCAGUUCAUGAGACUGUUUAUGACUUUUGGAGAAUGAUAUGGCAGGAGCAAUCAGCUUGUGUUGUGAUGGUCACAAAUUUGGUGGAAGUAGGAAGAGUCAAGUGUUACAAGUACUGGCCUGACGACACUGAAGUUUAUGGGGACUUCAAAGUGACUUGUGUAGAGGUGGAGCCCCUCGCGGAAUACGUUGUCAGGACCUUCACUCUGGGAAGGAGAGGUUACAAUGAAAUCCGUGAAGUUAAACAGUUUCAUUUCACUGGUUGGCCAGACCAUGGAGUUCCUUACAAUGCCACAGGACUGCUUUCCUUUAUACGGAGAGUCAAAUUAUCUAACCCUCCUAGUGCAGGGCCUAUUGUUGUCCAUUGCAGCGCUGGUGCUGGACGGACAGGCUGUUAUAUCGUGAUUGAUAUCAUGUUGGAUAUGGCAGAAAGAGAAGGGGUUGUGGAUAUCUACAACUGUGUCAAAGCUCUGCGGUCCCGGCGCAUCAACAUGGUACAAACUGAGGAGCAGUACAUCUUUAUUCACGAUGCCAUUCUAGAAGCUUGCCUGUGUGGAGAAACUGCCAUUCCUGUCUGUGAAUUCAAAGCUGCUUAUUUUGAUAUGAUUAGAAUAGACUCUCAGACAAACUCUUCACAUCUCAAAGAUGAGUUUCAGACCCUGAAUUCUGUGACCCCUCGCCUGCAGGCAGAGGACUGCAGCAUCGCCUGCUUGCCAAGGAACCACGACAAGAACCGCUUCAUGGAUAUGCUGCCACCUGACAGAUGUCUGCCUUUCUUAAUUACAAUUGAUGGGGAGAGCAGCAACUACAUCAAUGCUGCUCUUAUGGACAGCUACAGGCAGCCGGCAGCUUUUAUCGUCACACAACAUCCUUUACCAAACACUGUGAAAGAUUUCUGGAGAUUAGUGUAUGACUAUGGCUGCACUUCUCUUGUCAUGUUAAAUGAAGUCGACUUAGCACAGGGGUGCCCACAAUACUGGCCCGAGGAAGGGAUACUGCGGUACGGCCCCAUCCAAGUAGAAUGCAUGUCGUGUUCCAUGGACUGCGACGUCAUAAACAGAAUUUUCAGGAUAUGCAAUCUAACAAGACCACAGGAGGGCUAUCUGAUGGUGCAGCAAUUCCAGUAUUUGGGAUGGGCUUCUCAUAGAGAUGUACCAGCUUCCAAGAGAUCCUUCCUGAAGUUAAUUCUCCAGGUUGAAAAAUGGCAAGAGGAAUGUGAAGAAGGGGAGGGCCGGACCAUCAUCCAUUGCCUAAACGGCGGUGGCCGGAGCGGGAUGUUCUGUGCCAUCGGCAUCGUGGUUGAGAUGGUGAAAAGGCAGAAUGUGGUGGACGUUUUCCACGCCGUGAAGACCUUGAGGAACAGCAAGCCCAACAUGGUAGAAACUCCGGAGCAAUAUCGUUUCUGCUAUGAUGUUGCACUGGAGUAUCUGGAAUCCUCUUAGUCGGAAAGGAUGUGACGAAGUUCACCAAAUAUAUGAAUCUCAAUAAGCUGUUUUGACAACAGUUCUUGAUCCUGUGAAGAAAGAUUUUAGGGGAA